AUGGAGAGCGAACAGGAUACGAAGCUAGCAGAAGGCGAUACCAAUGUGGUGACAAACAGUGAAAGCGUUUCUGUUGAGCAGAAACGCAAAGCGUCGCGCAGGCCUUCUCCCCCUCCCUCUCCGCUGAAGCGUACCAUCUUUUUCGUAUUUACUGGCUUUCUGUUCUGGUUCCUGGUUGCUAAAUUGUUCGGCCUCGGGCAACAAAAGGAGCCUGAGAUAGUAUACGCACAGAGAUAUUCGAAAGAAUACAAGUUUAGACCCGCGGCGAGCCCCAUCAUCACAGAAACGUUGAAAGAUGGUCGAAUACGGCUACGAGGUACUUACCCCACGCCGACGCCGACAUCGAAAGACAUCGAGUUAAAGGACAAAGGGAAGGGGAGGAAGAAGCGUCGCUCGAAGUCUCGGAAACUCAAGAAACCUCAAACCACUCGUUAG